AUGUUACUGAGCAGUUUCAAAACAGCAGACGUAUUCUUGCACGUCAUCUCAGGUUCGCCAAACGAUGAUGAUCCCGCUACCUCGGCGAAAGACGCAGGUGCACACGGUGCGAGCGGAAAGAAAGCCAACAGAGCGGUGACGCUAGUUUUCUUCGUCACGGGUAAUCCGGGUUUGAUCUCUUACUACCGUCCGUUUCUGGAAUCGCUGGUCAAACGGCUAGAGGAGAGGAAGAAGCGGAAGAAGCAGGGAAGGCAGGGAGAUCAUGGUACUCCGGCCGUGGUCGUUGCCGGAUUUAGCCUGGGUGGAUUUGAGGCCGGACGCAACCACCACAAUGAAGGUGAGCUGGACGGAGGAGGAGGAGGAGGAGGAGGAGGUGGUGGUGGUGGUGGUGGAGAUGACGAUGGUCAGUCUGCGACGGCGAAGAUGCGGCGGGAAUUGUUGAUGUAUCCUUCUGGCUCGGGUGGCGGUUCCAGAGGAGGUCGUCACGACGGCGGCGACAACGACGACGACACGGAAAAGAUUUAUUCGCUCAAAGACCAGAUUGAGCUCUGCUACGCUCGUAUUCAGAGGCUAUGUGGCUUGAUACGCCAGGAGGAAGAGAAGGAACACGAGCUUGACGAGGGAGAAAGAGACCGAGUCCGAGUCCGAGACGGAGAUGUACAGCACAUGAGUCCCCCGGUCAAGGUGAUAUUGGUGGGACAUAGCGUCGGGACGUACAUCGGUCUCGAGAUUGUGAGGUUGUGGCAUGAGAGAUCGAGAAAGGGCUCACCGUCACAGCACAUCCUUGAGGAAGAGCAUGACGGACACGCAGGAGAACGACAACCACCAUCCCCCCUACCACCACCACCUGCGACGUGGGCGAUAUCAAGCUGUAUCCUACUCACCCCCACGAUAGUCGAUCUGCACGCGUCGACGUCGGGACGCAUAGCCACGCCCCUCCUCACGAGCAUGCCUGUCGUGUCGGGGUAUCUUCCUGGUCUCGCGCACGGGUUUGUCCGCGCCGUGCUGAUCGGCGGCGUUCCGACCACGUGGCUCAAAGGCCUCGUGAGGAAGGUUACAGGCAUGAAGGAGGGCCAUGGGCUCGAUGCGACGAUCGCGUUCCUCGGGAGCAAGACGGGCGUGAAGCAGGCGUUGUCCAUGGCGGCGGACGAGUUGAGAGAGAUCAGGGCCGACCAGUGGGGUGAUGAGGUCUGGGGCGCCGCGGUGGAUGAGGAGGAGGAGGAGGAGGAGCGCGAGGGAAAUCCUACACGGACGAAGAGAGAGGAUGAAGACGAGGACGACAAGGUGGGUACAAGCACGAGUACAAGAAGCCAAAACGGGCCCCCGAGAAUCUAUUUGUGGUUUGCAAAGGAAGAUCACUGGGUUGCAGAUAUGACGAGGUCGGAGAUCCUGAAGAACAGGGGUCGAAGAGGGACAGCUCAAGGGGGACCUACGAUCGUGAUUGACGAGACCGAGGGUCUGGUGCAUGCUUGGUGUUUGGAGCAGAGCGGGAUGGUUGCGGAGCGAGUGGGAGGCUGGUUAGAAGAGAUUAUGGAUUGA